UGUUCCGGUGACGAGGGCGCUGCCAAGACCUCGCCCCUCCCCUCCCUGAGAGAUGGCUCGUCUCGCUUCUCAGGGCUGACGUGUUGCUUCUUUUCAGUUGUUGUGUUUGCUUGUUUUAACCAGGAGAAAGACUCCCAGGAAGAUGAGUCUAGUGGUGCUUCUGAGGAGAGCUGCAAGAAGAAGGAGCAGGCCGCACAGCAGGCGUUUGUGUUUGGGCAGAACCUGAGAGACAGAGUUAAGUUAAUAAAUGAGAACGCUGAAGUAGUGGACAUGGAGAACUCCGGACACCCCAGUUCAGAAGCACCAGCCGCCACCAACUACUUCCUUCAGUACAUCAGCUCCAGUUUAGAGAGCUCAGCCAACAGUGCCGACGCCGCCAGCAGCAAAUUCAUAUUUGGCCAGAACAUGAGUGAGCGCGUGUUGAGCCCGCCCAAGUUAAACGAGGUCAGCCCAGAUGCCAACAGAGAAAACACAGUGGCCGAGUCCGGGUCCGAGUCCUCAUCCCAGGAGGCCACUCCCGAGAAAGCUAAUAACAUUGCAGAGUCCCUGGCCGAGUCGGCAGCCGCCUACACCAAGGCAACGGCGCGGAAGUGCUUGCUGGAGAAGGUGGAGGUGAUCACUGGGGAGGAGGCCGAGAGCAACGUGCUGCAGAUCCAGUGUAAGCUGUUUGUCUUUGACAAGACCUCGCAGUCGUGGGUGGAGAGAGGCCGGGGGCUGCUCAGACUCAACGACAUGGCAUCGACUGACGAUGGGACGUUGCAGUCCCGACUAGUGAUGCGGACCCAGGGCAGCCUGCGGCUGAUCCUCAACACCAAGCUGUGGGCCCAGAUGCAGAUGGACAAGGCCAGUGAGAAGAGCAUCCGCAUCACGGCCAUGGACACUGAGGACCAGGGCGUGAAGGUCUUCCUGAUUUCGGCCAGCUCCAAGGACACGGGCCAGCUGUACGCGGCCCUGCACCACCGCAUCCUGGCCCUGCGCAGCCGCGUGGAGCAGGAGCAGGAGGCCAGGACGCCGGCCCCCGAGCCCGGGGCGGCCCCAUCCAACGAGGACGACAGUGACGACGACGACGUCCUGGCUCCGUCGGGGGCCACCGGAGGCGGCGCUGGCGACGAAGGGGACGGGCAGACGGCCGGGAGCACAUAGCGCCGGGAGCCGGCUGCCCACGAGCCUGCUGCUUUGUCCGUCUGUCUGCCCGCCCGCCCGCCCCUCCCUCCGGCAGCGUCGAGGCGCGGGGCUCGGGAACCACACUCCCCGCCGGGUGGCCACAGUCUGGAUCCGCGCGUCCCGUUCAGAAGCAGACUCGGGAACUGCCUGAAUGUGGUUUGGGACACGAACCUCAUCAUAUUGAUGAGCAAAACGAAAAAGAACAUUUCUUCCCUCCCCACCUUGAAUUGAAAUGGCACAUUAAGACUUGUCACGGCUUCUCA